CAAUUAAAAAAAAGACGACCCUCAUCAAAACCGAUGAUUCCUUUGCGAGUUCUUGACAGGAAACAGAAGCACGGGACUAGUUUCCUUCGCUAACCCUACAUACUCAAAAUUCACUAUAAAUAUGAAGCAACACCAACCCCUUCUUUAGACUCGCUCUACCCUUUUUCUCUCUUUUUCUGGCUCUCUUUCUCUUUCUCUCUCUCAAGAAUCAAUCAACAAUGGGUUACAAAGUAGCCAAGGCCUCCCAAUACUUGGCCAUCACAGGGUGGGGCAUCGACGACGUCAAGCUUGCGAAGAAGGCGUGGAUUUUCCCGGGGCAGUCGUGCUCGACGUUCGACAUAUCUCCGGUGAACUACGAGUUCGAUGUGCAGGCCAUGAGCGCGGAGAAGCUGCCCUUCAUCCUGCCGGCUGUGUUCACCAUUGGGCCGAAGGAGGAUGAGAUGGAGAUGAUGCUGAAGUACGCAAAGCUCAUGUCGUCGCACGACAAGAACUCGAACCACGUGAAGGAGUUGGUUCAGGGGGUCAUCGAGGGCGAGACGAGGGUUCUUGCUGCGUCCAUGACGAUGGAGGAUAUUUUUAAGGGGACCAAGGAGUUCAAGAAGGAGGUUUUUGAGAAGGUUCAACUCGAGCUCAACCAGUUUGGUCUCCUAAUUUACAACGCCAACGUGAAACAACUUGUUGAUGUCGCGGGUCACGAGUACUUCUCCUACCUCGGCCAGAAGACCCAAAUGGAGGCAGCCAACCAAGCCAAGGUCGACGUUGCAGAGGCCAGAAUGAAGGGAGAAGUCGGAUCGAAACAAAGAGAGGGAGAAACAUUAAAGAACGCAUCUGACAUCGACACGAAAACAAAGAUUUACUCGACACAGAGACAGGGAGAAGGGAAGAAGCAGGAGGCUAAGGUGAAGGCAGAAGUGAGGAUAUUUGAAAAUGAGAGGGAGGCUGAGGUGGCAGAGGCUAAUGCUACGCUGGCUAUGAAGAAGGCCGAGUGGGUGAAGCAGACGCAGGUGGCUGAGGUGGUGGCAGCCAAGGCCGUGGCUGUGAGAGAGGCAGAGCUUCAGUUGGAAGUCGAGAAGAAGAAUGCCAUGAGGCAGACUGAGAAGCUUAAGGCUGAAUUUCUCAGUAAGGCUACUGUGGACUAUGAGAUGAAGGUGCAAGAAGCAAACUGGAUUCUCUACAACAAGCAAAAGGAGGCUGAAGCUCAACUCUACCAGCAAGAAAAAGAAGCAGAGGGACGCCGUGCAGUCGCAGAAGCCGCCUUCUUCUCUCGCCAGCAGGAGGCAGACGGAGAGCUCUACGCCAAGCAAAAGGAGGCUGAGGGACUACAGGCUCUAGCUCAAGCACAGGGAUUCUACCUGGAAACUCUACUGAAAGCCCUUGGAGGAAAUUAUGCUGCACUGAGAGAUUACCUGAUGAUCAAUGAAGGAGUUUACCGAGAUAUGGCUCGUAUUAAUGCUGAUGCUGUUAAGGGGUUGCAGCCCAAGAUCAGUGUUUGGAGCAAUGGAGAGGGUGCUAGCAAUGGCGAGCUUGCUAGUGGUGGUGCCGCUGGAGCCAUGAAGGAGAUUGCUGGGGUGUAUAAGAUGCUGCCUCCAUUGUUCAGUACAGUUCAGGAACAGACUGGGAUGGUUCCUCCUGCUUGGAUGGGUACAAUCCCUAGAUGAAUUUGAGCUUGCCUUCAAGGAUGUUUCAGUUUGAACAGUCUAUGUUGGGAGUGCUAUUUUGUUCAUCAUGUGGAAUUUGUAAUCUUGUUUGAUGAAAAGAGUUUGUUUGUUCCUUC